AUGGUCAGAAUCAGUGGAGAAGCAGUGGAAUUGGCCAAUGAGGGCAGUUUACCUGCACAAGAAGUGCCCCAGACGAGCAUAACCAGGUCGCAAGCUGUGAAGCUUUACAUUAGCCACGCCCUCUCGACGUGGAACGCUCGCGGCUAUGAGUUUGCAACCAUCCUCUUCACUGCGUCCGCUUAUCCGGAUACACUCGUUGCGGCUGCUAUCCGUAUGACCAUAGUGUACUUUGCGAUGAUCCUGUUCUCGAGCGUGGUUGGACGAUGGGUUCAAAAGUCACCCAACCGACUGCGGACGUUGCUCGCGACGAUAUUCGUCAAUCGAGCAUCCGUCCUCGCUGGGGCCUUCUUCUGGCUUCUGAUCCUGAGUCAGGAGGAUUUGAUCGGCUCAGAAGGGAGAUUUUCCCUUGCCAAGAAUGAUACUCUGAAGCACAUUCUCUUCGUUGUGGCCAUGUCAUUCGGUAUUAUCGAGCGACUAAGCGCAUCGGGCAACCUCAUCUCGAUGGAGAGGGACUGGGUCGUCACCGUCGCGGCGCCCUCGGGACGUCCAUACGAUCUUACCCAUCUGAACGCUGUCAUGAGGAGGAUCGACCUGGUCUGCAAGCUCAUAUCCCCUAUUCUCAUAUCGGUCGUCAUCUCGGCGCUUGAUUCUGUGAGGAUUGGCGUCGUCUACACAGCCUUGACAAGCAUGGUCAGCAUUCCGAUCGAGGCCAUAUCCGCGCGGAGGGUAUGGGACGACAAUCCAUCCCUGCGAGUUCCCAAGGAAGUGCCCCCUGAAGGGGAAACUCCACCCUUACAGAGCGGAACUAUGUCUUGGAGAACUCAACUUAGACAGUACUUGCACGAUUCCAAGAUGUACUUUUCGACGACCGUCUGGAUCCCAUCCAUGGCUCUUGCCAUGCUCUACUUCAACGUCAUUACCUGGAGGGCAACCUUCAUCACGUAUCUGAUCAAUGUGGGUUACUCGCUUAAUACCAUCACGAUUGCCCGCACAAUAGGUUCCCUCUUCGAAAUCUCCAGCACGGUGGCAACGCCGAGAGGGGUGGAAUAUCUGGGUAAAUCGUACCGCUCAGUUCCGCAGGAUGAGCACGAAUCCGAGGUCGGCCUGGUAAGCGGUGAAGAUAGUCAGAGCGUUCGGGAUACGCGGACUCUGGUAGGCCUUCAGCGGUUUGGGCUCUGGGGCUUCACCUGGCAGGUCUUUAACACGGCUCCCGUGGUAGUUGCGCUCUUCGCCAUCACGGCCCCGCGCGUGCAAGACGGGGGCAUCAAUGUUUUCGCCAGCCGCAUGGUCGAUAGAGCAGCCGAUUACACACUCCCCGCUCCACCUGUUGGCUGGAGUAUAGUUCUAUUCUCCUUUCUGGCCAUCUCCCGAUUUGGGGUCUGGAUCUACGACCUUACGACGCAGCAAUUGACCCAGACCCUCGUUCCCUCGCAUCAGCGAUCCAGCUUUGCGGGUGUCGAGACAUCGAUGAUGAAUAUCGUCCAGCUGUUUGCCGGCGGUGCCGCAAUUGCAUACCCAAAGACAGACCAGUUCGUAUAUCUUGCUUCUGCUAGCUUUGUGGUUGUUGUCCUAAGUUGGCUCAUGUAUGCGUCUUGGGUCUACCGACAAAGGGGUCAUUUGGUCCAUUGGGAGAAGUUGGGGCAGGGUUUGUUUGUAGGUGGGAGGUAG